AUGGCCGACAGUAACACUGACGGAGAUGCCGCCGAGCAGCAAAUCACCUUCAACAUCAAGUCCUCCUCCGAUGCGAAGCACGUAGUCACAGUUCCACUGUCCAUGACCGUCGGCGACCUAAAACAGAAGAUCUCCACUCCAGAAUACGCAGAUACACCUCCAGAACGACAACGGCUUAUCUACAGCGGCCGAGUGCUGAAGGAUGCCGACACGAUAGCGAGCUGCAAGAUUAAGGAUGGCAACACAGUACAUCUGGUCAAGAGCGCAGCGAGCAAUCAGAGACAGAACCCCGCAAGUCAAGGCGGUGCCGUAGUGCCACCUGGAGCUGGACAACCCGCAUCGAAUGUGCCCUCCAACAUAGCAGCGGGAACCGGCACAGGCAAUCCUCUUGCACAGCUGACCGGCGCUCGCUAUGCCGGCUUUCAUGGCCUGCCCGGCGCGGACAUGUUCGGCGCAGAUGGCGGCAUGGGUGCGCCGCCGAAUCCGGACCAGAUGCUCAGAAUGCUCGAUGACCCGAACUUUGCACAGCAGAUGAAUGAGGCUAUGAACAACCCGGCAGUAUUAGACAUGCUUCGGAACAACCCGAUGAUCAGAGACAACCCGAUGGCACGAGCUGCGAUCGAAAACCCAGAGAUGCGCCGCAUGAUGCUGAACCCGGACAUGAUUCGGAUGCAGAUGAACAUGCAGCGUGCAAUGGGCCAGGGUGGUGGUGAGGGCGUAGGUGCAUUUCCUAUGCCAGGGCAGACUGAUACGACACCUGCCACACCAGGCGGUAACAACGAGAGCACUACGGGCACAAACUCAUCGGCCACAAACGCACCCAGCAACCCGUUCGCAGCGUUCGGUCAGGCAGGGUCAGGCGGCGCCGCGAAUCCUUUCGCGGCUCUUUUCCCAGGUGCUGGCGGAAACGCAAACCAAGCAGGAGGCGCACAAGGAGCCGGCGAUGCACCGGGUGCCGGUGCAGCGGGCCAGCAGAACCCAUUUGGUAAUCCGUUUGGAGGUCAAGGCCAGGAUGGACCAAACAACCCAUUUCAGCAGGCGGCACAGCAGAUGAUGCAAAACCCAGAAAUGAUGCAGAACAUGAUGCGCAUGAUGGGUGGUGGCAUGGGUGGUAACGCGGGAGGUGAAGGCGCUGGUGCCGGCGGUUUCAAUCCAUUUGGCGCCAUGGGUGGGUUCGGCGCACCAACCGAGCCACAAGCACCUGCAGACACUCGGCCUCCUGAAGAGCGCUACGAAUCACAAUUACAGUCACUGAACGACAUGGGAUUCUACGACUUCGACCGAAACGUUCAAGCACUGAGAAGAAGUGGAGGUAGUGUGCAGGGAGCAGUGGAAUACCUUCUUUCCAAUUAA